AUGGGAAAACAACAAUCAAAAUUAGCCCGAAGUCAAACUGAUAGCGCCCCGACAAUCACCUCCGGAGGCUCAAUUUCAUCUUGUUCCGCAUGUUCUUCAACCACCUCAGUAUCAUCGCGAAGUACCACUAACAAUGAAGGAAACAUAGAUUCAAUAAUCAACUAUCCUUUAUCUGAAUCUUUACCUGACCGGAAAUUUGAAACCUCACGAAGGAAAAUUUCAAAAAAAUGCAACCACAAAAUCUCCAAAAAUCAUUACCAUGCUUCUGAUCCCUCGAACACUUUGAGUCCGGAUAUCUUACAAGUUCAAAGAACACAGAACCAGGUGGCCCCGAUUUUGCCCGCUACCGAUUUUAAUAUCAACGCUUACAUAAACAACCGAAAAUACUCCAAAAAAAAUUCUAAUCACCUUUACCCGAUAGAUGAUCGUGAGUGUGACAGAUUGCAAUACCAGUUUUAUAUAUAUAAACACGUGUGGGGAAAUAAUUUCUCGGCACCAGUACACGAGAUACUAUCGCAAGAGAACAGUAAAGUGCUUGACGUUGGAUGUGGUCCUGGAUACUGGACUCUUGAAACUUCGGUAGAGUAUCCUAACGCUCGUUUCACCGGUAUUGAUAUCGUAGAAACCUUCCCCUCUCUCGUAAAACCACAGAACGUCGAGUUCCAUCAAGCAAACAUCCUCAAAGGUCUCCCGUUCCCCGACAACACCUUCGACUUUGUAAUGAUUCGGCUGAUGAUUUUUGCUUUUACCAUUGAUGAAUGGGAGAAAGCUGUAAGAGAGGCUGUCAGAGUUUGCAAGGUUGGAGGAUGGGUGGAGAUGAUGGAGAAGGACAUAUUGUUCUUUGGUGCGGGAAAUAUUGCUAGUGAGGCUCAGAAAUGGGUCGUAAGCGAGUUACGAAAGAAAAAGAAAAUCGAAGUGGUCAUAUCGCCACAUCUACCACGUUACCUUUCCAUGACAAGAAAUAUUACCAACAUACAUCAUGCUGAAAGGAAUGUACCCUUCGGCGAGCAUGCGGGUAAUUUGGGAAAGAGUUAUUCGGAGAUAUACGCCUGGGGUGCAAAGAAUUUGAAGAAGGUGGUUGGUGGGUACCGCGGUGACAUUGGUGGUGACAGGGAUAUCGGUAAUACACUCGGUGAGACUAGGGACAAUAGUCGGAAAAGCAAGAAAAGACUGUUUUUUGGUGGUAGUGACAAAGAAUGGGAUGAAGUGGUAGAUCGAUGUAUUGAGGAAUUAAGUAUUUAUGGUGCAUACGACAAGAUUCAUAGAGUUUGGGGUAUGAAAAUUGAUCAGAGCAUGGGCGGUAGUUCCACAGGGCCAAACUCUGUUAGUAGAAGUGUUAAAGAUGGAGAGGCGAUCGGUGUGAUCAAUGGAAUUAAUGUGAUCGAGGUUCUGUAG